UCCCUGCUACAAAACCGGAGAAAGACAGUUGAAAAGACUCAGGUUACAAUCCCUGGGUGGCGGCUCAGGUCUCCUGCAAGGCGAGAAAGGCGGGGCUAAGGGAGGCCCCAAAGAGGGCUGGGCUGAGAAGCGCCUUGCAACAUUGCCUUGCCCGAGUCAGCAUUUCUAAGGAGUUUCGCUACGGCGAGAGUUUGAGGCUGGCUGAGUGUGGCGCGCUUUCUUUCUUUCUUUCUUGGAAAAGAAGCCUUCCCGUUUUCUUGAAAAGCAGCAAAAGAAAGGAAAGGCCGAAGCUGUCCAGCAAUGCUUGGGAACUUAAGCUCAAGAAAGCACCCUGAGUCCCAGUGGUGGGGAGACCAGCGUUAAAAGCAACAACAACAACAGCUCAGGGUGCUGGAGUUGUGUUCGCGUACUCAGUGCCAUCCACCUACAGAUGGUGGUGAAAACUACAGCGUGACAACAGCCUUCUUUGAGCUGCCAGGCCAUCACAGCAGCAGCAAAGGGCAGCAAAUUACAGCAUGAUGACGACGACUUUAGAAAAAUAUGUAAUGGGAAGGACAUGCCUGGUUGCCACUUGCAUUUUAUCACAGUUCUUCUGUCUGGAACAGAAGUGGAGGCUGCUGUCUGUGAUACCCACAUCCCUUCCUGUGUGUUAACGGCUUCAGUGACUACAACAGAUGCCCUCAGAAACCUGAGAUAAGAGGGGUUGCCAAUUUGAAAAGAUGACCAGGUGCUAUGAUAAUGAGACAGUUGAGUUCUUCUACAACAACAGUGGAAAGAAGCUGUCCCACGAAUGGAAGUCCAAGGAUAUCGUGGUGGUAGCUCUUGGCUUGACCGUCAGUAUCAUUGUACUGCUCACCAACUUGCUGGUCAUUACAGCCAUUGCUAUCAACAAGCGCUUCCACUAUCCUAUCUAUUACCUGUUGGGGAAUCUUGCAGCUGCUGACCUCUUUGCUGGCAUUGCUUACAUGUUCCUGAUGUUCCACACAGGGCCCAGGACAGCCCAGCUUUCUCUCAAGACUUGGUUUAUCAGGCACAGCCUCUUGGAUACCAGCCUGACUGCCUCGGUAGUCAAUCUUUUGGCCAUUGCAGUGGAGCGGCACCAGACCGUUUUCACCAUGCAGCUCCACAGCAAGAUGUCUAAUCAGCGAGUAAUGAUCCUCAUCUGCUGUAUCUGGAUCACAGCCCUGCUGCUGGGCCUCAUUCCCUCAUACGGUUGGCACUGUCUGUGUAAUCUGGACGAUUGCUCCAGGAUGGCUCCACUCUACAGCCGCAGAUACUUGACCUUCUGGGCCAUCUCCAAUCUCUUCAUCUUCCUUAUCAUGGUGGUUGUCUACACUCACAUCUUCAUCUACGUCAAGAGGAAAAUGGCACGGAUGUCCAAGCAUACCAACUUCCAUCCACGCUAUAAGGAGACAAUGAUCAACCUCAUCAAGACAGUCAUCAUUAUCCUCAGUGCUUUUGUUAUCUGCUGGACCCCUGGACAGGUGGUGCUCCUGUUGGACGGCCUCAAUUGUAAAAGUUGCAACGUGUUAGCCGUGGAGAAAUACUUUCUGUUACUGGCCGAAAUAAAUUCACUCAUUAAUGCCAUCGUCUAUUCCUACCGGGACAAUGAGAUGCGCAGCACCUUCCGGAAGAUCCUCUGCUUUGCCUGCUACAGGAUGCCAAAAUACUCACCUGCGUCUGUCAAGUUCAGCACCACUGAGCAUAGGAUACUGCCUCAGAACGGGCAUCCAAUUAUGGACUCCACACUCUAACUCGGCUACUUCCAGGCUCCUUGCAUGCUGGUUGUCUGAAGCCAAUUCUUGAUAGUUGAUGGCAGGCCUGCCUGUCUGAGACUAGAGACCAUGGUCUGUAGUGGCCGCAGUGUGACUGGGGGAUAGUGCUGUGACCAAGGUUGUCGUCCAGGGUCUGUAGGAGACAUUAUUGUACCUGUGGAUUUGUCAGUGGCUGAGGGCAGCAGUCUUGGUCUGUAGCACCAUAUUUGUGAUGGUGUGCAUGCCCCCCCCCCCGGACAGAUGGUGCUGUGUUGCGACUGUAGAUGAUCAUGUAUCUGAGAUACAGUGACAAUUCCCAGAGCCAAGGAAUUUAAUCAGCACACUUGAAUUUAAUCAGCACACAGCUUGAGAGGCACCUUAAAAACGCUGUUGUGUUCAGAACUGGUUUGGGCCACAGCUUCUUAAAGGUGUGGGCCUUCUUUUUCUUCCUUCUGCAGGCUAACAAGCAAGCGUUGCUCUGUCUUCUAACAGACCAUGGGUGGCCCCUUAAGACAAACUUUAGUUUUUCUAGUCCUUAAGCACACAAAUGUUUUGGACAGUCUUUGGAAAAAUGGUGGAACGAAAACACUGAGAUACAUGCAUCUCUGUUCUUGUGAACUUCUAUUUUUAACAAACUGUGUCGAUUCAGUUGAGGGGGCAUCUCCUGCCGUGCCAAGGCACUCAUCUAAAAAGCAUCUGUUCAGGGUGAAGAACUUGCUGGCCUAGCCCUUUCAGUAUUACUGCCUUUUUGGCGUGGCCAUUCUAGGGCUAAGAUCCACUCCUCCUGCUGCUGCAGGAACUCCCUGUGCAUCUGUUACAACAACCUAAGUGGCUUUCUCUCCUCAAAGAGAUGGCCCAAUUGCCUGUUGCCCAUGGUAAAAAUUAGGUUGGGUGAAAGGUCUCUUCUAGCUGGACACAGAUACUACAGCAGGAAUAGGCAAGAAUUAAAUAUGCAAAGAGCAA